UCAUCAUCAUCAUCACCAUCAUCAUCACCACCACGAUCAUCAUCAUAGUCGUUGCCACUCUCCCGUUGCGCUAAAAGUCAUGAGGAUCUUCUCCACACAGUCCGCAGCGCGUUGCUCCCCCUCGUCCGUUUGCGUGUGAUCGUGCACCUCACUUUUGCGCGUGUUUUGAGCACCUCACUCGCGCGGCUCGUGAUUCUCACGGACGUCAGACGCAUCCAUGAGGAGAUUUUUACUUGGACUCUACCUGGAUUUCCCAAUGUGAGCUCCGCCGAGAAGCCGCCACUCCAGCCAACAUGUCUCGCCGCAAGCAAGGCAAACCUCAGCACUUGAGCAAACGGGACUUUUCGCCUGAGCCACUAUCAGGCGUUAUACCAGAAGAAGACUGUCAGGAAUCCCCCAGGCUGGGUGUUGCUCAGGAUGAACCCCUAAAAGGGGAUCAGGACCUGCUGACCUGUGGCCAGUGCCAGUCCCGCUUCCCCUUGGCUGACAUCCUGCUGUUCAUUGAACAUAAACGGAGACAGUGCCAUGGGGGUCUCUGUAUGGACAAACCCCUCGACAGGCCACCAUCUUCGCCUCUCUCUUCGCCCCUUUCCACGUCAUCCUCGCACUCAAGGAGCCACCACCCACGUAGGGUAUACAACCCGGUUGAGGUGGCCGUUCAGGUGUCGCCGCAGGAUGAGGAUUGUUUAUCUACAUCCUUGCAAGGAAUAAUCCCCAAGCAGGAGAAUAUCACAGAUAAAGAUGAGCCCAGCAGUUACACCUGCACCACAUGCAAGCAGCCCUUCACCAGCGCCUGGUUCCUUCUUCAGCACGCUCAGAACACCCACGGUUUCCGCAUCUACCUGGAGAGUGAGCCAGGCAGCCCCCUCACCCCUCGUGUAGCCACUGCUCCCGGAAUGGGGGGUGACUGUGCCUCAUCCCAGCCUCCCCUUCAUGCUGUCCACCUGGCUGAUGGUAGUCCUUACAGUCUACUAAGAAUGCCAGGGUCUGGGUCAGGACGGGAUUCGGUGUCUACCCCUCGAGAAGGUCGUUAUCCCAGGACUCCGCCCCUGUUCAGUCCGCCCCCGCGUCAUCAUCUCAGUCCCGAUGACCUGGCCCUGGCAACCCACCACCCCAGCGCCUUUGACAGGGUGAUGAGGCUGAAUUCAAUACCACUUGAACCUCCCCCGAGCAUGGACUUCUCCAGAAGGCUCCGUGAACUUGCUGGUAAUGCCACCGGAGCCUCUCCCCCUCUCUCCCCUAAUCGGCCCAACCCUAUGCAACGGAUUCUUCAACCAUUUCAGCCAGGUUCAAAGCCUCCAUUCUCUGCAACACCGCCUCUUUCAACCUCUCAGUCACCUUCUGGCUCCAGGUCUACCCCCAAUACCACGGCCAACACGGCUCAACCAGGCACGCCAUUAAAGGCAAAGUCUUGUGAGUUCUGCGGGAAGACUUUCAAGUUCCAGAGUAACCUUAUUGUCCACAGACGUAGCCACACAGGGGAAAAGCCAUUUAAGUGUCAUCUGUGUAAUCACGCAUGCACCCAGGCAAGCAAGCUAAAACGACACAUGAAGACACACUGUCAGAGCAAGUCUUUGGUGCUUAAUAGCAAGUCAGAAGACGGCCUCUCAACAGCCAGCUCUCCUGAGCCUGGUACCAGUGAGCUGAUGGGCAGUGCCACUGAUGCUUUAAAGUCUGUUGUGGCUAAGUUCAAGAGCGAGAACAAUGGUCUAAUCGCUGAAAAUGGGGAAGAAGAGGACGAUGACGAUGAAGAAGAGGAGGAGGAGGAGCAAGAGGAAGAGGAGGAAGAGGAGGAGGAGGAAGAAGAGGAGGAAGGUGAGGAGGAGGAGAUGGAAGGUAAGCCUGUGGUCAGAGAUAGUGAAGAGGACAGGAAUGACUAUCGCUUUAGCCUGAGGUUAGAAGGGGCCCGCCACCACCAGAAUAGUGUGGCCCUGCACCCGCGGCGCCGGAGCUCCUCGCAUGAUCCCGUUGAUGAGGAUUCAGCGAUGGAGUCAGACCGGGCAGAGGAUGUGACCACAACAACAAUGAAUGGUCUUGGACCUUUAUCCACUGACAGCCUGUCCCGGAAGUUGUUGGGCGGAGGCAUUAGCCCAGGCUCCCUUAGUCCUCUGUCCAAACGUAUCAAGGUUGAAAAGGAUCUAGACCCCCCGACACCCACUAUUGCAAACUCAGAAAAUGUCUAUUCCCAGUGGUUGGCAGGCUAUGCUGCCUCACGACAACUCAAGGACCCCUUUAUUAACUUUACUGGUGGAGACUCCAGACAAUCGCCCUUUGCCUCCUCAUCUGAGCACUCUUCGGAGAAUGGCAGCUUGCGCUUUUCGACUCCGCCCGGCGAGUUGGAUGGCGAACGGGCUGCUUCGGGACGCAGCGGCACAGGUAGCGGGGCUAGCACACCCCACGGUGGCAGCGGAAAUGGCAGGCCGAGCUCCAAGGACGGCCGCCGCAGCGACACUUGCGAGUUUUGUGGGAAGGUAUUCAAGAACUGCAGCAACUUGACAGUGCACCGACGCAGUCACACUGGAGAGCGGCCCUACAAGUGUGAGCUGUGCAGCUACGCCUGUGCCCAGAGCUCCAAGCUUACGCGCCACAUGAAAACCCAUGGACAAAUGGGAAAAGACGUUUACAAAUGUGAAAUAUGCCACAUGCCUUUCAGUGUCUACAGUACUCUAGAGAAACACAUGAAGAAGUGGCACAGUGACCGUCCUCUGGCGAACAAUAUUAAGACUGAGUAGACCACAAACAGCAUGUUGUACGUUUUCUCUUUCAGCUCCUUUGGCUAACAUGCAACCCUGGCUUCGUAGCCAAUCGAUGAACGGAAUGGACUACAGGGUCACGCGACAGUACACAGUACAGCCCUGUUAUCGUUCCCAACCAUUGGGGCAAUACAUUGUAUGAAACAAAACUUUUUGAGCCUUUCUAUUGUGCAAUAAUUUACACAUUUUAUAUAUUUUUUUUGUAACUGGACAGCAUGCUUGGUGUGUUUAUGGCUACUCUAAAACUAUCAGUGACCGGUGGCUUUGGUUGUACUCGUGUUGCUGUUGAUCCUUUUGAUUUAGCCAACAUAUUUGAACCCUCGCUGCAGACAGUACAUACUGUUUUACAUAUCAUGUACAGUUUUGUUUCCAAGCAUAGUGGAACAGUGUCAUACUAUUCAAACGUCAAGAAAAGCAGGGUUACAUUUAAAACUGAUAUUUGUGAAUGAUUUAUGAUGCAAGAUAGACGCAAAAUACCUAUAUGUACAUAAAUAUAUAUACAAGGAUUGGGUUGCCUAUGAAAUGCUAGGCACUAGCACCAUGGCUUAUUUCUUUUACAAACAAUGAAAUUAAUAAUAUGGUGUAAAAUGACAACAAAGAGUGCCUUGGAUAUUUUACCUGCAUUAGUUAAUCCUCCUUUUGCUAUAAACUCGGCAUUUCAGAUGUAGACAAUUACAGGACAUUUUGUGCACAUAUGGCGUAAACAGGUCCUUGCAUCAAGCACCUGAACAACCCUGUUGUGUUGUGAAUGAGCAGAGCAUUAAGAAACCAGCUGAAAAAAAUUGAGAAGAAAAAAGGAUCACGUUUAUCUCUGGUAAAUCAUUUAUCUGCCUGAAUCGUGUAUAUUUUCAGUCUUCAAAUUAUUAAGUCUGUUUACUGGCAUGUUACAUGCUCAAAAGGUGGGUGGAGGUGUAUGUUUUCUGGUACAUGCGUAUCAUACUAAGAGGGUACUCUAAGGAGUUGUUUUAGCCAACGUGAAGCUCUUAAUUUUACGGAGUGUUUUAUUUUAUUUGAAAUGGAAACAUUUCUUUUUUACAUUUUUAAGUAACACCUUUUUUAAUAGUCUCAAACAGGCAGUUUGUGUAGCCAGCAUUAACCUCAAGACCACUGUCGGUUUUAGUCUUUUCUUUUCAUCAGGCAGAAUUUGAUUUUGGUGAAGGAUGGGGAAAGCUGCUUGGCUUGCUUGCGUCAGGGUUAUGGAAAGGGAGUGUUUAACACCAGGUGGCUCUGCAAUUCAAAUGUCCUAUGCCCUUAGUAUCCUCCUCUUGACUGCAUUAGAUUUUAACAUUUUUACAAGCUGACAUUCGUAAUGCAACUAAUCUUCAAAAUUAAAAUAUAUACUUUACUCACACACAUACAGGCCACAGACACUGGCCACACCCAUACACACAUACAUUAUUUUUUUUCUUUUUGAAUUUCUCGUUGUUGUUCAUUUUAAUAUUCCCUCUCACCACUCUGCCAUUUUUUAAAUGAUUAUAGCACUUGUCACUCUACCUACAGUCUGUAUCUGUCUCUCUAAUCGGAGGUACAGGUGGUUGAGUAUAAAAUGAGGACCGGAUUCCAUAUCUGGGACUGUUUACGUGCACUGUUCAGUUUCCCCAGUUUUCAAAGGGAAGCUCAAAGGAAAAAUUGGCUCUUGCGCUGGCUGAUGCAGUAACAGUUGUGUCGUUAAAAAAAAAAAAAAAAAAAGUGAGUUAAAACCUUUGCUAUAUCCUGAAAACAAAACACCAUUUUGGUUAAAUUGGGUAUCAAUGCAGAAAAUGCCAUAGAAAUAAAAGUCCUGCAUCAUGGUAACCUAAAAAGUAUACCCUUCAGUACAGAAAAACAUAAAGAACUUACAUUUUUCAGUACACAUCAUGGUCUUUUGGGGAGGUUUUAUUUAAAUUUUAUUUUUAAUAUGUGUCGUUGAUUUGCUUACUGUCUUGUUGACAUUCAGGAUUUGAUCACUAUGUAUUGAAUUGUAAUGAACAUGUCUUGUAUCUUUUUUGCCUUUACUGUACACAAGUCUUCAGGUUGAACAAAAUGUUUCACAUUUGGGGAGAUAUAUGAUAAAUAAAUAUAUAGAGAGAACUUAAACACAUAGGAAAAUGCACACUCAUGUAAGUUCCUAAGUUCAAAAUACAUUUAUGGUCGAAUUUUUUUGUAUUUAGAAUUGCAUUUGAAAUUAAUGUUCACUUAGCGUAGGCACUUAUAGUAUUUAUGUUGGAGCCUGUAUUUUUAAUGGUUUUGCCUGUACUCUUUAAAGGUUUCAAUGUACCCUUUUUCUGUAGUGAAAAAAAAAUCCCAACAUGCUGCCACCGUAUAUUUUCUUAAUUUGGCAGGAUAAUAUAGUGUGAAUAAUUUGUAUGCUUGAAAAUAAGUAUGUUUUUGAAAAUUAAAAUGUUGUGGUGUUCUCCAAGGGUGAGAGGUCAUAAGAUGACUUUUUUUUUCAGGCAGUCCUGCUGGACUUACCACAAUGAGGUAAAAACAGGUGGUUUUACAUAUCUCUUUUUUUAUGUUUUUCUCCUGCCAUUUUAUAUGCAGUAAUACAAGCUAUUGUUGGGUUUUAUUGUUAGCCACCUUUUUACUGUCCUUAAACAUGCACCACCUGAUAACAUUCCAGUUGUUAAUGAAAAAUAUUUUUUCAUAUGCAAUCAGUCCAUCCUAAAUCUGAAAAGCUGUUUUUCUUAUGAUGAUUUUUUUAUUUUAUUUUAUUUUGAAUUUAUUUCUUGUUUUAAUUUACUUUGCCAAAACAACCACAGUGCUUGAUUUACAUAGGGUACAUGUCAUAUCAUAUGCAAGUUAUAUUGUCAAUAUGAGAAAAAAAAGGAUAGAAAGUUUGCUACAUGUUGUUAUAGCAGAUGGUACUGAUAUCCAUCCAUGUUUCAGUCUGAUCCCAGUCUGUGUUCUGUACUCUUAUCUGCUCUCAGCUGAACUUGAAGUUGACAUUGGUUGACAUUAUUUAUUAUGACUGUACACCCACAUCCAGUGUGUGCUCUGUUCAGAACAGAGUCACAGCAAAAUGCGUCUGUUUAUUGACCACCACCCCCUCUCCUUUCCUUUGUGAUGAAUUCUGAUGGCUUGGUUUCACUGUUUGAUGACCAAAGGUCACGGAUCAACAUUUAAGAGUUCCUGGUCAGCAUACAAAUGUUGUUAUUAUUUUUCAGUUAUGGAAAUGCCACUGUUUUCAGCUGUUGCCUGCAUUUUUCUCUUCACUCAGCCAUUUUGUCUUGGGAAAAAAAUAAAAUGUAUGACAUACAUACUGAAUAUGA